CUGAUAACAGUCAUAGUCAUAUUUUCUUUUUCCUGUUCUAAUAAAUAAUAAAUAUUAUUAAAUGAUUUUUACUGAAUUUGCCACAUUCAAAUAUUAAAAUUAAUUAAUUAAUUAUUUCUGCGAUGUUAUCCAUUAAGAUAAUACUUCCAGUGCUUCCAAAUAUUACCAAAGAUUUAUAUUUCAAAGGCUAUGUUAGAAUAACAAGCAACUUUACAUAUUCAAUUUUCAUAACUAAAUAUUCAAGUAAUAUUCAAACCUUAUUAAAAGAGAAUAGUGAAAAUGAAAAAAAUAUUUAUGGUAAAUGCAGCGAUUUGCAAAACAAAAUGAAAAAGUGCAGAAGCAAAAUUCGGAACUGGUUACUGCUAGAUUUCGUAAGGACAAAUAUUCAAAUAAGUGAAUUAAUAAUCAAUGGUAGUAAAAUAUAUGAUACACAAAAUUGUGUAGUAAUUAUAUAUGAACAUGAGGCCAUUCUUAAUUCCGAAAUGAUCUGUGAUACUGGAGAGUUUUUGGAUUUACAAAAUUUUGUUAGAAAUGAAUGUAAAGAAUUUCCAUGUACAGUUAGGUAUGAACCAGUUUUUGAGAUGCCACACUGGUUAUCAUCCUCUAUGUUUAUUCAGCAUAUUUUAAAUUAUAUCAAUGUAACAAAAUGGCUAUUUUAUUCAAUAAAAGGAGAUAAGAAAAUGUCCAUAAGGCAAGGUAAUUUAAUUUUGGCAAUUAUAACAGAUCUCAUUUUAGGAUGGACUGCUAUGGAACUAAUAACACAGGAUAAAAAAGAAUUGAGUUCAAUAUUAAUGGGAAUGUUGGAGAAACUCAUACAUUUUCUAUACAUACUAUUAAAAUGGCUAAUGGGUGCACCAGCCGGACUCAAACUUAACAAUGCAUUCAAUAAAAUGCUUGGAAAAUAUUUUUCCUAUCACGUUCAACUUUGGUGGCAGUUUUUAGAUGUUUCUGGUGAAAAACUAGACACAGCAUUACAGAUAUACCAUUAUUUGGGUUAUUUUGGAUUUACAUUUCAGGCUGCUGUUAUAUCUGAUAUGAUAUCAAUAGCCACAUUCCAUUCCUACUGCAUAUAUGUAUAUGCUGCAAGGCUAUUCAAUCUUCAAAUAUCUGGAAUAAUUGCUUUACUAAGAUUUUUUGUUGGAAGAAAAUACAAUCCAUUGAAAGGUAGCAUUGAUUCAUGUGAAUACAGUAAUCAGGAAUUAUUUGUUGGUACUGUGGCAUUUACAAUACUUCUGCUUCUAUUACCAACCACAACUAUGUAUUAUAUUGUAUUUACAUUGUUUAGGCUAUUAGUACUUAUAAUACAGUAUAUACUAGCUGAAUUGAUUUACACAAUACAAACUCUACCACUGUAUGUGGUAAGCCUGUGGCUAAUGCACUCUCCUAAAGUAGCAGGAAAAAUCUCCUUGCAGGUAAUGAACAAUGGAAAAGAAUCAUCAUAUUUGAUUAUAAGGCUAAAGCUAUUUAGCAAAUCAAUUUCAGAGUUAAUAACAGAUUUCAGAGCUCCAUUCAAUGUACCAAAAAAAUUUGAAUGGACUAAUAUGUUAUCCAAUGUGUGUGUGGGGAAACAAAUUGUGUAACUGUAGUAAAUUAUUUAUUAUUAUUUUGUGUUUGAAUUAGACUCCUACCUAAUUGUUUAAUAUAUUAGAAUGCUAUUAAUCGACAACUAGCUAAUUUUAUUUAUUUAAAUACUACUAACAUAUUUUUCUAUAGGAUUAACUUCAGGGUACAAGUACGAGGUAGUAGGUAGUACGAGGCCAAAAAUAAUGGCUUAUUACCCACAUGAACAAAAAUAGGCACUAGGUCGCAGUUUGAACACUAUAUACCUACAGGCCUAAUACGGGACUAAACACUAUAGAUUGCAAAUGAAUCAUCUGAUCAGUUAGCGUCAAUACAGCGUUAGAUAUAAAAUAAUAUCUAGUUAAACAUAUUUAAAAAAAUCACGAACGAAAUUUGUCGCACAACGGAUUCACGCUCUGCGAAAGUUUUUGUUUAAUUGACGGGGCCGGUCGUUAGGCUGUCUACCUUUAGUAUAGUGCUUAAUAGAGUAUCUC